AUGGUGGGUCGUCUGGGCGAAUUUACAAAACAAGUCCUGGAAGGAACAUUCAUCAAAGGGCUAAAAUCGAAACUCAGAUCAUCAGUAGCGGUCAUGCAACCCAAGGGUCUGAUUCACACAAUGAGAUUAGUGGUUAUGAUCAAUGAAAAUCGAGCUCACGAGGAUGAGAUAGAAAAAUAUGGGGAAUUAGGAGACGAUCCACAAUUCAGCAAGAUCCAGUUGCAGAAACUAGAUUUCUACCUUGAGGGCAAGAUUGCAGUUCUUGAAGUUUAUCGGUUCCAAAAUCAACUAUUCUUCCGACUUCAGCUCCUCUCGUCGACACUAAUUGAUUUAUCCAGUUAA